ACCAGCCCCAAGGUUGGCGGGCUGCGGCUUGCCAUGGGAAACACCAUCAGGGCCUUCGUGGCCUUCAUCCCUGCUGACCGCUGCCAGAACUACGUGGCCAGAGACCUCCGGGAGAUGCCACUGGACAGGAUGGUGGACCUGAGUGGGAACCAGCUACGCCGCUUCCCUGCGCACGUGUGCUCCUUCCAGGAGCUGGUCAAGCUCUACCUGAGCGACAACCGCCUCAAUAGCCUGCCUCCAGAGCUGGGGCAGCUCCAGAACCUGCAGAUUCUGGCCCUGGACUUCAACAACUUCAAGGCGCUGCCCCAGGUGGUGUGUACCUUGAAACAGCUCUGCAUCCUCUACCUGGGCAACAACAAACUCUGUGAUCUCCCCAGGGAGCUGAGCCUGCUCCAGAAUCUCCGGACCCUGUGGGUUGAGGCCAAUUAUCUCACCAAGUUGCCGGAGGUGGUCUGUGAGCUGAGUCUCCUUAAGACGCUGCACGCUGGCUCCAACGCCCUGCGUCUGCUGCCAGGCCGGCUCCAGCGCCUCCGGGAGCUGAGGACCAUCUGGCUCUCGGGUAACCUGCUGACAGACUUCCCCUCUGUGCUGCUUCACAUGCCUUUCCUGGAGGUAAUCGACGUGGACCGGAACAGCAUCCGCUCCUUCCCCAGCCUGGCCCACCUCUCCAGCCUGAAGCUGGUAAUCUAUGACCACAAUCCUUGCAGGAACGCACCCAAGGUGGCCAAAGGGGUGCGUCGAGUAGGAAGAUGGGCAGAGGAGACCCCAGAGCCUGACCCUAGAAAAGCCAGACGCUAUGCGUUGGCCAGGGAGGAAAGCCAGGAGGCGCAGCUACCUGCCCUGCCUCCUCCACUUCCUCCUACCAGCUCCUGAGAAGCUUCAGUGGCAGGUCAAAGCCAAGGACAACUCCAGCAUCUUCUGGAGAUGGCUCCAUUAGAGUGCGGAGGAUUGCUCUGGGUCACGUGGGGCAUCUCUGCCAGCGGCAAAUGGAACAGCAUCAGAUGGAAUGCCUAACCCGGGAGAAGAAAAUACUCAUGGCCAAGAACAUCUCUCCCAAAGGGAACUGUGUGCUAUAGGUAGCAUGACAACUUCUUUGCAAGAAAAUCAGCCUCUCCAAACAGGUAUUUUGAAACACCCGAAAGAAAGGCUGGGAUAGUCUGGCCUCCCCCAGCCUCUAGAACUGGCUGGUCACGAGGCUCAUGCGCUUCCCAAAUCAGGUAUAAGUUACAAAACUCAUCUAACAGUUCAGGUGGCCUGUCUCCAGUCCUCUGCCGGGUGUAUUUUCAUACUAUGAACGACCAUAAUUGGCAUGAAAAUAUUACUAUUCAGGUUACUUAAAAAUGACAUGUCUACCUAGUCAGUCAGAUUCACAGAAACUCUUGUUUGUUGCAAAGGCUGGAGAUGAAGCUUCUCCCCUGAAAUUCAGUGGCUGCUGACAACCCUGCUGGAGAAUGCUUCCUGGUGGAGUCCAGCUGCCACUUUGAACUUGACUGUGGUUCAUGCCAUUUCAUUUUCCUUGUAAAGAUUUGACCAAAGGUCUACUCCCACCUGUGUACUGUCACUGGCAAUGCUGAAAGUCAUCUAGAAAACAGAACCUCUUUGGCAGGGUGGUCUCAUUAGUAUCAAGCCAAACUGGCUGCCUCAGUAGAACAGAAUCCUAUUGUUAACUCAACAGUAAUGUACUAGGGUUGAAUUAAAUCCCUUUGCAUGCAGGGACCACAUUUCCACAAUCAUAUUAGGUAAAAAAGUUGUGCAAAAUCUGUUCGCUUGAAAAAAGCAUUUGGAUAUUGGAACUGCAGGUUGUAGUGUACAUAUAGGAAAUGUCUGCCUCUUCAGCCUCAGCAUCUCUGCCUUCCCUGAUUUAUUUUUGUAUGGAAUCUUUUGGUGGUCCAUAUAUAAACCUGGGUAUUAAAGCUGCUAUUUCUUUGAAGUAUUAAUAUGUUAAUUAUGACCUUUUCUUCUCCCCAUGAAUAUGUCUUUACAGAAACUGCUGUCAAUGGGUAGUUUAGUAACACAAUCCUUUUUGUCCUUGAACUCUUUCAGGAAAGUGUUAUCUUAACUAAAACAUUAAAAACGUUAGCUUUUAAAGUACGUUCUCCCUAAAAGCAUCUCAACCCAGGAAAGUUCAGCUCUAAAAUGACAUUAGACAGACGACUAUUUUCCUCCCACAAAUAUUUCUUGCUAAACUUGAGGAAGUAAGUUUCAUGGUUUCACAUAAUCUCUUCCUAUCACCACCUUCCAGUCUGCAGAGUAUCUGCAACCCAUUGAUUAGAUGGCCAAGGCAUCCUUUUAAUCACUAAAUUGUCAAAUACUUAACCCCUUUAGCAAUGAGUCCAGAUUUCUAUUAGAAAGCUAGAAUUUAGUCUAUUUACUCAUUCCUAACGACUGCAAUUAAACUAUACUCAGCUGAUGAUAGAGACGUUCUGCCAGGAAGACUGCCUUCUGAGCUGCAUCACAGUCCAUCCUUAAUGAUGGCCAUGACUUUCUUUUGACCUUCUCCUCCCCCUCCUAGCGGCUUCCCUGGAGGCUCAGACAUCAAGAAUCUGCCUGCAAUGCGAGACCUGGGUUCAGUCCCUGGGUUGGAAGACUCCAUGGAGAAGGGAAAGGCUACCCACUCCAGUAUUCUGACCUGGAGAAGUCCAUGGACUGUAUAGCCCAUAGGGUCAGAGUUGGACACGACUGAGCGACUUUCACUCACUCGCUCCCCCUCCAAGGAGUAAGGGGCCCACUUUUUCCAAGGAAGCCACAGGCUGUAAUACAGUUAAGAGCAUGUCCCUUCAAACUGCCUGAGAUCAAACCCCACUUUGGUCAUUUACUGGUCACUUACUUCUCCAUGGGCCUGUUUUCUAGUCAGUAAAAUGGUAACUUUCUGGCUCUCGGGGCACUGUCAAGUUUAAACAAAUUACUGUGUACGAAGUACACUGAACAGUUGUGGUAGGUUAUGGCUGAUGUUUACUUAAUAUGCUGUUUUAGUGUCAUAUCAUGGCAGCGUGACACUUUUACUCUACAACCAGUGGAACUCCUUGUUUAAAGGAAUAAACCAUAAAUAGCCAAA